UGAUGUCGAUUUCAGUACUUCAUGGAAAAACAGCUUAAAAAUUGAAAAAAAUCAUCGAAUUUGAACUCUGCCAUGUUAAGAAGAAAUUUUAUAAAAGUUUGUCGCUGGCAUCGAAAGAAAUGUGCAUCGGUCAAAGGUCAUCCAAAAAUUACAACUCAUUACACUAUUGUUCCACGAGAAUCAGAUCCCAGAUGGAAAGAUGUGGAUAUGGAAAGGUUUGCGGAUCAGACAGAUGUUGUGAUUGUUGGUGGAGGGCCAGCAGGUUUAUCUGCAGCAAUCAAGUUAAAACAAUUGGCAAAUGAUAGUGGCAAGGAAAUUAGAGUCUGUCUGCUAGAGAAAGCACCUGAAAUUGGUGCUCACACCCUUUCUGGGGCAUGUAUAGAACCAAGAGCUUUGAAUGAACUCAUUCCUGAUUGGGAAGAGAAAGGAGCUCCAUUAAAGACUAAAGUCACCAAAGACAAAUUUUCAUUUCUCACAAAAAAUAACAGAAUACCAUUGCCAAUUCUACCAGGAAUGCCAAUGAACAAUCAUGGCAAUUAUGUUGUUCGCCUUGGGCAUUUGGUAAGCUGGUUAGGUGAACAAGCUGAAGAAUUAGGUGUUGAAGUUUAUCCAGGCUUUGCUGCAAGUGAGGUUUUGUAUCAUGAAGAUGGAAGUGUAAAAGGUGUUGCCACAAAUGAUGUUGGAAUUCAUAAAGAUGGGGCCCCAAAGGGCAAUUUCGAGCGUGGAAUGGAGUUUCAUGCGAAAUUGACGUUAUUUGGCGAAGGUUGUCAUGGCCAUCUCGCUAAGACAUUGUUCUCAAAAUUUGAUCUGCGUAAAAACUGCCAACAUCAGACGUACGGAAUUGGAUUGAAAGAGCUUUGGGAAAUUGAUCCCGCAAAUCACCAACCAGGUUUGGUAGAGCACACUUGUGGCUGGCCUGCGGAUAAAAACACAUACGCUGGUUCGUUUAUUUACCAUUUGGAUGAAGGACCGCUCGUCUCCAUUGGAUAUGUUGUCGGCUUGGACUACUCCAAUCCAUACAUUAGCCCAUUUAAAGAAUUUCAGCGCCUAAAAACACACCCGUAUGUUCAAAAGACCUUCGAAGGCGGGAAAAGGAUAGGUUACGGAGCACGUGCUUUGAACGAAGGUGGACUGCAGAGUAUCCCUGAACUGGCAUUCCCAGGUGGGGCUUUGAUUGGUUGUAGUCCUGGUUUUAUGAACGUGCCUAAAGUCAAAGGUACUCACAAUGCAAUGAAAAGUGGAAUUAUUGCUGCGGAGAGUGCUUUUGAGGCGCUUACAGAUGAUAAUUAUCAAUGUGAUACUGAAGGAUUGUACUUGAAGAACUACGAAGAGGCGUUACGCGAUAGCUGGGUAUACCAGGAGUUGCAUGCAAUCCGCAACGUACGGCCCUCGUUUAGCACCGCACUUGGAAUAUACGGUGGCAUUCUGUACACAGGAGUUGUGAACUAUCUGUUACGUGGUAAAGAACCAUGGACAUUGAAACACAAACAUACCGAUCAUAACUCAUUGAAGCCGGCGAAAGAUUGCAAUGUCAUUGAGUACCCCAAGCCUGAUGACAAACUGACAUUCGACCUGUUAUCAUCGGUAGCAUUGACAGGAACGAACCACGAGGGCGAUCAGCCAGCUCAUCUCACCUUACGCGACGACAGCGUGCCCGUUGACCGUAACCUGGCUAUUUUUGAUGGCCCAGAGCAACGAUUCUGCCCCGCUGGUGUGUAUGAAUAUGUACCGGAGGAAGAAGGGGAUGGCAUGAGGUUGCAGAUCAAUGCUCAAAACUGCAUACAUUGUAAAACAUGUGACAUUAAAGAUCCUAGUCAGAAUAUUAACUGGGUUGUACCCGAGGGUGGAGAGGGACCUGCAUAUAAUGGAAUGUAGAGAACAUUUCUUCAGUG